AUGGCAGAUGGCACCUCGAAUUCUCAGUGGAAAACUGCCCUAAGGGAUCCCAAGAUUCUGCACUCGCUAACAGCGGAUGUGGGCCUGAUCAUCCUUUUUAUCCUGCAGCACAGCCUUAUGGCUUCUGACCGGGUCAAACACUGGACUUCCAACUGCUUUGGGGUCUUGCAGAGAACAGUCUAUGUUUUUUGCACAGACGUAACUCUUCAGUUGCUGAUGAGGUAUUGGCAGCCAGUGCUGGAGGGCCCCAUGCUCUGGAAUACGAGCACUGAGCCAUGGACCACUUGGGUUCCACUCACCUGCUUUAUCCUCCAUUUCAUCUCCUGGCUAAUCAUCUUUAGCAUCAUCCUCAUCUUUGACUAUGCAGAACUGAUGGGAGUCAAACAGGUUUAUUACUACUGCUUGGGCAUAGGAGACCCUUUGGCUGUGAAGUCUUCACGGGCCCUCCGUCUCUACUCCCACCUUCGCCACCCAUUGUACGUGGAGUUUCUCCUUAUCCUCUGGGCUGUUCCCUGCCUCUCUCUUGACCGCCUGCUUCUGGCCUUCUUCUUCACCGUCUAUCUUACCUGUGCUCACAGCCUUGAUGAACAGGAUUAUCUCUACCUCCGUGCCCAGCUGGAGAAGAAGUUCCAAAUCUUCUCCCGGGAAGAGGCAGCUUAUGGGGACUUAUUGGCAAAAAACGGCCCCUCAGACUACAAGGGCAACUGA